AUGAGGGUUCUAUGUGUUGCCGAGAAACCUGCCAUCGCGAAAGCAGUGGCUUUCAUACUUGGAGGGGGGCGUGUAUCUACGCGAGAAACAAAGGUAGGAUGGAUCAAAAACUACGAUUUCGACUUCAAUUUCCCGCAAUUCGGAAGUUGUCAGGUUACCAUGACCGCAGUGACUGGCCACAUUACCACGAUAGAUUUCCCUGAGAAUUACGGUUGGGGAAAAUGCGAGCACUCGAGUCUAUUUGAUGCACCUGUUCUCACGAAAUACACAGACAAAAAUUCCAUGAACAUUGCCAAAAAUAUCACUGAUGAAGCUUCACGAUCUAAUGUGUUGAUGAUUUGGACAGAUUGCGAUCGGGAGGGAGAGUAUAUUGGAUACGAAAUUAUGGAGCAAGCACGAAAGAAAAACCCGAGCAUUAACUUGGAGACCACUCAACGAGCACAUUUCUCCCAUCUUGAACGGUCGCACGUGAUUCGGGCUGCGUGCAAUACCACGAAAUUAGAUCAAAAGGCGAUCGACGCCGUGCUGACACGUAUGGAACUUGAUUUACGUACAGGAUCCAGCUUCACGCGGCUUCUCACGGAUUUGUUCAGACGAAAUUUUAGAUAUGACAACGUUGUGUCUUAUGGUGGGUGUCAGUUUCCUACCCUCGGUUUUGUGGUUGACCGUUACAAACGAAUCAAGAACUUUGUGCCGGAGGAUUUCUGGUAUUUGAACCUCACUUUCAAAAAGAAGAAUGACAAAGCCAAAGGAACAACAUCGGCCACAUGGACUAGAGGCCAUUUAUUCGAUAGAUUCGCGGCCCUAUGCAUAUAUCAAAAUUGUAUCGAGAUGGAUGGUAAUGAGGCAACAGUGGUAUCGCUCGACACGAAACCAACCUCAAACUGGGCUCCUUUGCCACUUACCACCGUCGAGAUGCAGAAAGACUGUGCUAGAUUUUUCAAAUUCAGCGCAAAGCAAACGCUCACCAUUGCAGAAAAGCUGUACAAUUCUGGAUUUAUUUCUUAUCCCAGGACCGAAACCGACCGAUUUCCCAAGAACAUGGAUCUCAAAAAACUGAUCCAAUCGCAAACACAGUCUCAAACAUGGGGUCAGUAUGCCCAAAUGUUGUUAAACGACGGUAGCAAAUUCAGGCAGCCGAGAGAGGGCUCCCACGACGACAAAGCACACCCUCCUAUUCAUCCUGUUAUUUUCACGAGUGGAGAGUCAUUGAACGCAAACGAGCGAAAGCUUUACGAAUACGUGGUGCGACGAUUUUUGGGAUGUUGCUCUAAAGAUGCCACCGGAUUGAGAACUAGUUUGACUCUCAAAUGGGGGACAGAAACUUUCACGACUUCGGGACUCAUUGUUAAAGAACUCAAUUACUUGGAAGUAUAUGUCUACAAUUCGUGGGAGUCAUCCAAGUCCAAGAUUCCGGAAGUUCAGGCCGGGGAUAAGGUUACCCUAGCCUCUGCACAGUUAUCCACAGGGAAAACAUCACCUCCUAGUCCUCUCACCGAGCCAGAAUUGAUUGCGCUGAUGGAUAUCAACGGAAUUGGCACCGAUGCCACAAUCGCCGAGCAUAUUGAAAAGAUUAUAGAGCGCUCAUAUGUCACCAAAGAAGAUCAGGGCCGCGGAAAGUCCAAGUCCAAGGUUCUCAUUCCAACAGAGCUCGGUUAUGCCUUGGCAGAAGGGUUCAGCCAAAUCGGCUUUGAUAGCAUGUCCUUGACUAAACCUUUCUUGCGCAAAAAUCUAGAGGUCAAACUGAAAGCAAUUUGCGAGGGAUCUAUUCAAAGAGAGCAGGUGCUUCAGGAAAUAGGGUCAAUGUAUCGCGAAGCAUUCGCUUUGACCAGCCGCAGCUCACGUCUUCUGGCGGACAGUUAUCGAACUGUGACGGCCAGCAACGCUUAG